AUGACAAUAAAUGCAACGAAUCAUAGAUAUUUUCUGAGUGUAGUUGAAUAUAAUGAAAAAGUCUAUCAAAAGCCCAAAUUAAGUGAUUUAAAGAGAUUGGAAAAUUCAUUCUUAAAGCCAGAAUUAAAUCUUUAUAUUGAUCCAUUAGAAUUAAAACCCUGGGAAAUUAUCCAAGAGAAUAUUAGACAAAAUAGUGCUGAUAUCAGCGAGCAACAGAAAGCGUUAAGAUCAUUACUGAUCCAAGGUAGUACGAAGAAGAUCAAGGAGAAGUUUGUGUUGGAACUGACACGGAAUACGAAUACUGCUGUUAAUUGUGAACCACUACCCCGUAAAACGCCAUACUCUACCGCAAUUCAAAUACCGGUAUUAAAAUUCCUAAGGAUAUGUGUUUAUCCCAUUUUGAACACUAAUGUCAUAUUCAGAUCUCUAUGUCAAACAACUUGUCAAUCCUGUCGAUUUGAAUCAGAAGUGCUCAUGGAAGUUGAUGCUAUGAUUUUGAACUCAAGAAAUGUUACCAUCACGGAAAAAUUAAUCGAUCAGUUGUUAUUUCAAUGUAACAGUAAUGAUCCAUGUAUCCGGUGUCAUUCAAAUGACAUGUCAAAAGUAAUAACUAACACAAUCAUUGAUUGUCCACAAGUGCUCCUGGUGUUGAAACAAGGGCAGCAGGAAAACACAAGCUUUCUGGAAAUUAUCAACCUUUCACCGUACACUGAUGAAGAAAUUAUCGGUGUUCAGUACGAUACCUCUUAUCGAAUGGUGGCUUGUGUCUAUCGUGCAGUAUUAGACGAAUUUGGUUCCAUUUUUAUUGCCAGGAUCAAAAGUAUCAUAGUAUACAUCAUAACAAGAUAUUUAUUAUCGACAAAAAAUCAACUAAAACUUAUUUAG